AUGGUGUCAACAGAAUCGUUGGUCAAAGCGCAGAUGGAGCCGGAGUCUAGGGUGGCGCUUGCGAGGGCAGUGUAUGCUCCGACGAAGUAUGCGCUUUUAGACGACCCGUUAAGUGCUGUGGACAGCCACACCGCUCGCGUGCUGUUCGAGAAACUCCUCAAGGGCCCAUUACUAGCCAAUCGCACGGUUAUCCUCGUAACCCAUCACGUCGAACUCGUCCUACCUGGGACACACUACCUCAUCCGCAUGCUCGAUGGCCGCAUCGACACACACGGAACGGUAGCCGCCCUUCGCGAACAAGGUAUCCUUGAGGCUAUCGAGCAGGAGAGCGAGGUGCAGGUCGUGCAGGAGGAGAAGGUUGUGGCGGAGGAGAUGGGGAUCGGGGAGAAGACUGCGGAGGAGGAAGCAAUGGAGGGGGCUGUUGAAGGUAAUGACAACGACGAGGGAGUAGGAGAAGGAGAGGCAGUGAAGAAGGCCAAGGGUAAGGGAGGGAAGAAACCGAGGAAGUUGGUCAAGGAUGAGCAAAGGCUGACGGGUGGGGUGAAGUGGCCGAUAUAUAGGACUUAUUUGAAGGCUUCGUCGUAUUGGACGUGGAUUGGGUUGGCGUCGCUAAUCGUGCUGGCACAGUUGCUGGGUGUUACCGAGAAGCUCUGGAUCAAGUUCUGGGGUGAAGCCUACGGCGAUAACAGUUUCGUGGCUUCCACGACGACCUACUCAUUCACUUCCUUCUCAACCGUCGAACAUGAAAGCCUCUUCGGUGGUUCCCUCACCCCGCAUUACCUUCCGCAUGCAGUCCACAGCUCUCAUCAUAUCCCGCAUGUCUACACCUUCAGCGCUUUCAACUUCUCCGACACACUCAAGGUACCGAACACCACCACCGCCUCUCCCUACACCCCCACUUCUCAGAUUGUCCUCACGAACGUCCAGCCCUCUAUCCUACUCAGCCCAAAGGAACAUCCUCUUUUCUAUAUCGGUGUCUAUGCGGGUAUCGGGUUCUUGACGGCGUUGGUCAGUAUUCUGUCGGUGGUGACGCAGUACACAGGAGCUUUGAGAGCCAGUAGAGUUUUGUUCAGGAAGUUGUUGGAGACAGUGGUUAGGGCGACUAUGAGGUGGCAUGAUACGACGCCGCAGGGUCGAAUGUUGAAUAGGUUCAGUAAGGAUGUCGAGACGGUCGACUCGUCCCUAGCAGGUUCGCUCCAGGCCGUCAAUACCUCCCUCACCAUUCGCGGCCUCGGUUCUCACAGUGGCGUAAGUGACUCUUCUCUAUGCUCCUUUCCGACUGAUGGCUUAUAUUCUGUCCGAGUGUUUAGUUUCAUAUUCCCCCUCUUCCUCAUCCCCGCCUCAAUAAUUGGUCUCGCCUACCGCCAAUUCGCCAUAGGGUAUCUCAACACCGGUCGUGAUCUCCGUCGCAUGGAGUCCAACACUCGUUCGCCCAUCUUUUCUGGGUUCGGAGAGUUGUUGGAGGGGAUUGUUACCGUGAGGGCGUUCUCUGCGGAACAGAAGUUCUUAGAUGGGUUGCACCAGAAGAUCGACCAGACUACGAAGAUGUGGUACAGCUUCUGGAUGACGAACCGCUGGCUGCUCCUGAAUUUCGAUUGCCUCGGUGCCGUCGCCGUGCUCAUCACGACGCUCUUCGCGCUUUCGGGCUUCGUGAGCGCGGGAACUGCGGGUAUGUGUAUCACUUCGGCGAUGGCAUUCACGACCAGUAUAUACUGGGCCUGUCGGUUCUGGACAGCGCUCGAGCUCGAUCUCAACUCCGUUGAACGUGUGGUCGAAUACCUCGACCUUCCACAAGAACCUCCCGCAAUCAUCGAAAACAACCGCCCGCCCGCCUACUCGCCGUCCUCUGAAGGCGAAAACUUGAUCGUAGUGGAGAACCUUGACAUCAAGUACGCGCCAGAGUUGCCGCUCGUGUUGCAUGACGUGUCGUUCUCGCUGAAGGCGAAGGAAAGGAUUGGGCUUUUGGGAAGGACAGGGUCGGGGAAAUCGACGCUAGCAAUGAGUAUUCUGAGAUUCGUCAAUCCUGCGGGCGGAAGAAUUUUGGUGGAUGGGAUUGAUAUUUCGACGAUUGGGUUGCAUGAUUUGAGAUCGAGGAUUACGUUCAUUCCACAAGAUGCUACACUUUUCUCGGGAACGCUGAGGAAGAACCUUGAUCCGUUUAACGAACAUGACGAUUUCGAAUGCCUGGACGUCUUGUAUCGCGUCCAAAUGCUUACCGAAAACGCCUACGAAUCUCAACGCACCUCUCGUCAAGCCUCGCGCGCCAAUACGAGGCCGUCCUCUCCCUCACAUCCUGAUCGCCCCUCCUCAGCUACGUCGUCGUCAUCUCCUACUGUCGGUGCUCCUUCUGUCACCGAAGUCGAGAGCCGCGCACCGAUCACGUUGGACACGCAAGUUUCUCCCGGAGGAAUCAACUUCUCGCAGGGUCAAAGGCAGUUGAUCGCAAUGGCCCGAGCCCUCCUCCGUCGUUCAGCCAUAAUAGUUCUCGACGAAGCCACGAGCUCGAUUGAUUUCGCCACGGACGCGAAGAUCCAGGCGACGAUCCGGGAAGAGUUCGGCGGGUCGUUGUUAUUGACCGUAGCGCAUCGUCUGAGGACGGUCAUUGAUUACGAUAGGUUGAUUGUGUUGGAGAAGGGAGCUGUGGCGGAGUUUGAUACGCCGGCGAAGUUGUUGGAGAAGGAGGAUGGGAUAUUUAGGACGAUGUGUUUGAAGAGUGGGAUGUUCGCGGAGUUAGAGGCAGCAGCGAAGGAGAAAGCGGCUAGGGACCACAUAUUGGCCCCCCAUGACUGUAUGUCCUUGAUUUCCUCUCGCUCUUUGUAG